AUGUUAGAUAAUUUUACUGAUUUAAUUCGAAAAUUGGAUUUAUUCCAAAUGGUUCCACUUUAUGAUUCAAAUGAUCGAUUAUUGAAAGAUUCAGAUCUUCUGAGUACAUUAAAAACUUCAACAUCAUUAUUUUAUAUUCCAAUUCGUUUUACAUUAUUUAAUCGAAUCACAUCACUUGAUCAUUGUUUAUGUUCAUCAUCAUCAUCAAUACAACAAAAAACUUUAUCAUAUUUAUCAUCUUCAACUAUAAUUAAACGUGAAACAAUUGAUCAAAUACUUUCAACUUGUUCAUUAAUUCCACCAUCAUCAUCAUCAGUUAUUUUACCUUGUUUAUCAUUAUCAUCAUAUUCAAGUGAAUUAUCAAAUUCAAUUUCAAUAGUUAAUCUUCUAACUCCACCAUUAUCACAUUCGUCAUCAUCAUAUUUAAAUGAAAAUAAUCUAAAUGAUCAAUCAAUAUUUGACGAAAUAACAUCACAAUUUGGUGAAAUAUGUCCACCAUUACCAAAAAAUCACGAAAUCGUUGAUCAGGAAAACUGCUUUCAGCAUAUUCAUCAAAUAUUCCACUUGAUCUAA